CUUGAACAUUACCUAAAGGUUUCGUGACAAUAUUGCUAUGGGAAGUAUAAAAGUAAACAUCGAAAAUGUUUCGGAAAAAAUCAAGGGAUCCGUUGAUUCUAUAAUCAAGAGAAGUGGAUUUAGAAAACAAGAAGUAGAGAUACGGAGAAUCGACACGAAUAAAGGUAACUUUCUAGGACGAUUGUAUGAAGUAAACAUAAAAGGUGUGACUGACACAGGAGAGAAGGAAUUGAACAUUUUUUUCAAAGAGGAGCUAGUUAUAGAAAAAAUAAAGUUGGUUGAUGUAAAAGAAGCAUACAGCAAGGAGAUUUUCAUAUAUAAACACUUUGCAAAGAUUGCUAAUGAACUACAAGAAGAAGUGAAGGUACCAGAGUCCGAGAGAUACAGAUUUACAAACGCGUACGAUGAAACAACAGACGGACUGAUCAUUCUUGAAAACUUAUCGAUGAGAGGUUUUAAGACUUACUUCAAAAUGGAUGUAAUGCCGAUCGAGUACGCAGAAAUAAGCAUUAAAAAUUUAGCAAGAUUUCAUGCUCUGUCCUUUGCAAUAGAGAACAAAAUGCCAAUUUUUUUUGAAAGAGAAAUCAAAAGUCUGAGUAAAUCUUUUAAUAUGGAUGACGAUUUUCAUACAUUUCUCAGGAAUAUAAGCGAAACUACUGCUAAUAUGUUAGAUGAAGACGACAAACAAAAACUUCUAAAGUUUAAGCCUGUGUUGACAAAUAAAUUUUCGAAAUACUUUGUUAAUGAAGGAAAAUUUAAAUGUUGUAUGAACCAUGGAGACUAUCGUAUAAACAACGUUUUGGUUAGAGAAGAGGAAGGAGUACCAAAAGAGGUGAUGGCAGUUGACUACCAGCUUAUAGACUACGGCUACAUUCUCCGAGACUUCAUGUUCUUCAUAUUCACCGGAACCGACAGAGAGUUCAGGCAUAAACAUCUAAACAACUUAAAAAAUAUGUAUUUUGAAACGAUGAAAACAUUCUUAAGAUAUUUCGACUUGGACAUAGACGAUAUUUAUUCUAGAGACACGUUUGAUGAGGAAUAUAAAGCUAUGCUAGAUCUCGGUCUAAUGAUAGGCCUAUAUUGUUCUAUAUUUGUGUUUAGCGCUGAAGAUUCUGACUUCAGUCUGGAGAGUAAAUCUCUGACUGAGCUGGACGUUGGAAAUCUGGACAGGAGGUAUACGCCGAGACUAAAAGGGUUAGUGGACGAUUUUAUUGAAUGGGGGAUUUUGGGAAUAUAAUUUUAGCUU